CGGCUGGACGUUUGUUUCUGUCACGAUGUCUUCUCAUCUGUGUGUUCUGAUCCUGUUUGUUCUGAGCGGUGUGUUUGGCGCUGGUACAGAUAAAGUGAAGUCAGUGUCAGUGACUGAGGGAGAUUCCGUCACUCUAAACACUGAUGUUCAAGUACAGAGAGAUGAUCAUAUACUGUGGAUGUUUGGACCUCAAGAUACGCGUAUUGCUGAAAUACACAGACAGAACAUCUAUAUAGAUGACACUGAUGUGAUAUUUGAGGAAAUAAUCCAGAUGGACAAUCAAACUGGAUCUCUGACCAUCAGAAAUAUCAGAACUGAACACACUGGACUUUAUAAACUGGUCAUCAUCAGCAGAGGAACUUCAUACAAGAGAUUCAAUGUUUCUGUCUAUGCUCCUCUUCCUAUUCCUGUCAUCACCAGAAACUAUUCAGACUGUUAUUCAUCAUCAUCCAGUCAGACUUGUUCACUGGUGUGUUCAGUGUUGAAUGUGGGUCAUGUGACUCUCUCCUGGUACGCAGGAAUCAGUGUAUUGUCCAGCAUCAGUGUGUGUGAUCUCAGCAUCAGUCUCUCUCUACCUCUGGAUGUGGAAUAUCAGGAUAAAAACACUUACAGCUGUGUGGUGAACAAUCCCAUCAGCAACCAGACCACACAUCUGGACAUCACUCAACUCUGUCAGACUCACACAUGUGCAGAUCAGGAAAGCCUGUCAGAAUACACAGAGAUCAUCUACCGUCUUCAGAUCACACACCAUCACUGA